AGGUAACUUUGAAUGAAAGCACUGGCAGCUUUGUCUACCUUCCUCAGUCAAAUAAGUAAAAUGUUUAAUUAUUUCCAUCUGAUUUUGUCGACCAUUCCCUUGUGACUUUACAGAAUGGGGAAAAGUCUCAUAGUAGCUUAUGGACUUUGGGCACUAGGGGGUCCAUUAGGACUUCAUCAUAUAUACCUGGGACGUGACAGCCAUGCUUUGCUUUGGAUGCUGACUUUGGGUGGUUUUGGCAUUGGCUGGAUGUGGGAGUUUUGGAAAAUCCCUGCGCUUGUAUUCCAUGUCAACAAGCAAGAAAAAAAAAAGAAUUUGACUAGAGAUGGAGAGCCACCUGCCAGCCCCAUUCGUUUCAUGGGGCAAGUGGCUAUUGGAAUAUAUUUUGGAUUAGCAGCAGCCAUUGGGUUGUCCUCACUCAGUAGUUUCUAUUUUGUAGCUCUUCCACUUGCUGUUGGCCUUGGGGUGCAUCUUGUGGCUAGUGUAGGCGAACAGACCUCAAACCUAAAAAAUACCCUAAUAGCUGCUUUUCUGACUUCCCCAAUCUUCUAUGGUCGUGCUGUCUCCAUGAUACCAAUCAGUCUUACAGCUAGCAUGACAGCACAACAACACAGGCGGUAUAGGCACAACCAAAAUACAAAUGAAAAUCUCAGUCUCCGUCUGUAUCGUAUUGGACUAGCCUAUCUGGCCUUUACAGGACCACUAGCCUACAGUGCUUUGCUUAACACCAGUCGCACAGUGAGCUAUGUAGCUGGAAGCAUUGGAGCUAUGCUAGACAUACUAAGUUUUUUCCCUGCUGUUAGUGCACUGACAGAGCGUGCUCUGCUAUUGCCUUAUCGGGCAUGGAUGCUAUUCUCAGGAGGGGGGCCAUUACGGGACCAGUACUUCCAUGAAUGGGAGAAAAUCUAUGAAUUUGUAGCCAGCUUUCAAAAUGAGAAGGAAGAGAUGGCCUGCAAGGUUUUAGGAGUUGAUUCUAAAGCUACAUUGGAUGAAAUCAACCAACAUUAUCGAGAACUGGUCAAAAUUUGGCACCCAGAUCAUAACCGACAUCGUCCCGAAGAGGCUGAGCAGCAUUUUCUUGAGAUCCAAGCAGCUUAUGAGGCACUUACAAAAAUAUGGAAGAACAGGAAAUUGUGACUUGGUUUUAGUAGUGGCAUGAGUUAACAUUACGUGGUUUUUUUCUGGUUCAUCUGGCUUAUAAACAGUUUUUCUUGCUAGAACUUUAAAUACAUUUUCUAAAGAAUAUCUUCAUUAGGUACAAUAUAAUAUGAAAUGUAAAAAAUAAAUAUGUUGCAAAUUGUACCUUAUAUCUACUUAUAAAAUGGUUAACUGUAAUGAGAACAGAAACAGAGGCGCCACAUGUGUACCAGGGAAUCCCAGCCAGCUGGUUUGCUGUUAAAUACCAGCCUGCCUCUACAGGCACAAGAGAGUGCCUUCACGUUUGUGAGUAUCCUGUAUCUUGUAUCGCUUGGAUAUUGUCAGCUUUGAUUGAUCUACACAUGUGGCCCCUCUGUUUCUGUUCUCAUUACAGUUAACCAUUUUAGAAGCUACACCAUCGUUUGGGUGAAGACCGAGAGCUGCCUGUUCUAUUUCUGGACUUUGUUGGAUACCAUGAGAACUCAUCUAUUGCCAGAUUGGUCACGUGCUACGUCUGUAUAUACACAUAUUUUUAACAAUUUUAAUUUCUUUACUUUAUGUAUAUGGUGUGACAAGUUGCACACUGAUUUUAGCAAUUUUUACCAUUGGUUACUAGCGCCUCCAAUAGGGGACCUGUGGUAUUCUCUAUCACAAAUAUCCCUGUAUUUAUAUCAUAUCUACUUAUGAAAGUCUCCCUAGCUUGGAGAUAAUCAAAUAUUUAGCAUAUGAGACAUUUGUAUAUGUUAAUGUUUCAUAUUCUUAUAUCAGACAUGAGUGGUCGGGCUAAGGUUCAUCUUUCAAAAAAGGUUAGAAAAAAUUAAUCGAAAACAAAACUGUAUUUUAUGUAAUUCAUCCAUUCUAAAAAAUGUUUGCAUUAAGGCAGAAGAUUGUUAAUUGAAUCGAUACCAGGAUACUUUACACAUGAUCAUAGCUUUGGCCUUAUCGGCUGUAACCGCAGUUAACAUUGCAAUUUGUCCGUAUACUCGACUAGUGGCCCCUCACAUUUGUAGCAUAAUUUAGAAUACUUUUAAUAUUCAUGUGACAGUUGGUUAAAGUUUAUUUCACUAUGAUA